AUGGAGACUCCAUCCACAUCUAUUCUUCUGACUCUCACUCUAACCAUCUCAAGCCUUGUUCUAGUGAGAAGUGGAGACCCUGAUAUCCUCUCUGAUUUCCUCAUCCCACCCACUCUAGACCCAAGCACCGUUACUAGACAAUUCUUCACUUUCACAGGGUUUAGAAACCUCAGGAAGGCCAACUUAACAGGGAAAACCAAUGCUUUAAUCACCAAGGCCACAAAGAAAGAAUUCCCAGUUCUUCAUGGCCAAAGUGUAUCAGUUGCCACUCUAUUGUACCCACCAUCUGGUAUAAAUCCUCCUCAUAUUCACCCAAGAAGUGCUGAGCUAUUGCUAGUUCUUCAAGGGGAACUCGAGGUUGGUUUUGUCGACUCGACCAACAAAUUAUUUGUACAAACACUUAGAGCUCCUGAUUUGUUCCUGUUUCCAAAAGGAUUGGUGCACUUUCAGGUAAAUAACGAUGCGCAUCUUCCAGCUGCUGCAGUUGCAAUGUUUGGGAGCUCAGAUGCAGGAACAAUCUCUAUUCCUAGAGGGGUCUUUGGCAGCGGGAUCAAAGACGAUAUCUUGGCAAAGGCCUUUGCAACUGAUAAGGAAACGAUUGCGAAGAUCGUGGAGGCGAAUGAGCCUCUCACUUAG